AUGUCUGUCGAAGAGGGCACGCAUACCCUCGCCGAUGGCAAGAAGUUGUUCACCAAGACCUUCAGGACCGACGGGCCCCCCAAGGCAAGACUUGUUUUUAUCCAUGGCUUUUCAGAUGUACGUUGCAGCAAAGUGAAUACUUAUGCAGACUUUUUUCCCGGACUCGCUGCCAAAGGCAUCGAGGUCUAUACCUUUGACCAGAGAGGAUGGGGCCGAUCAGUGUCGAAGCCGUCUGAGCGAGGCGACACGGGUCCAACUGAGCAGGUCCUCGACGAUAUUACUUCCUUCAUGAAGACAGUAAUUAGCACUCCCAGCCCAGCGCCCCUUUUUAUGAUGGGCCAUUCCAUGGGCGGAGGCCAGACGCUGUGCUAUGCGGCCCAUGGCCCUGACGAGGUCCGCAAGCACAUUCGUGGCUACCUCCUCGAGUCACCCUUUGUUGACUUUGACCCCAAAUCCAAGCCGUCUGCCGUUACUGUUUUCUUCGGCAGACUGGCGGGGAAAGUUGCGGGCAAACGCCAGAUGGUCAACAAGCUGGAGUCGAAGCUCAUCUCACGCGACCCAGCGGUCUGCAAGCGAUUUGAGGAGGACCCGCUUUGCCACGACACAGGCACUCUCGAGGGCCUCGCAGGGCUGCUCGAUCGAACCAAUGCUCUAUCCAGCGGAAAGAUUGUCAUUCCCGACAAUGCUGGAGAAGGUGGCGUGACGAGAAUUUGGAUUGGGCAUGGGGACAAGGACGGCAUCACUAGCCACGCGGCGUCGAAGCGACUAUUCGAUGCCUUGCAAGUCAAGGACAAGGAGUUCAAGUCAUAUCCCGGGCAUUACCAUCGCCUGCAUGAGGAGCCUAGUCCUGAUAAAGAAGCGUUCCUGGACGACGUGGUGAACUGGAUCCUGGCCCGGUGCACGGACGCAGCCGGAGCAGAUGGCGCAAAGCCAAGGCUAUGA